ACGACCCAUCUUCAAUGCCCUUACUGAGGGAAGGAGGUUGUUUUUUAAUGGGUUUAAAGAUUUGGGCCUAUGAUCAGACAGUGGAUUUUAUGCAGCUUCAUAAUUAGGAUUUGGCAAAUCUUCCUUCUGCUCCAUGGAAGGUUCCUGUCCUUCCUGAGCUCGCCUUAGGAUACCUGCUUUACUGACAUGUGUACUGUCCCAGUCAAACUCCCCACCUGCCACCUUUAAACUAACAAAGCAAAUAAAGGUUUCACAAAUCCCAAACUAGGUUUAAACGAAUCUACUAUCGGUGUAGAAUAAUCAAGUCUAGGUUUGAAGUGUCUGAGUAGAGUAGUUUUUGGCCCUUUUUCGAUCUUUCACAAAUCAAAGAAAGAUUUUGAAAAUCCCAAACUAGGUUUAUACGAUUCUGCUAUUGAUGUCGAACAAUCUAGUCCAGGUUUGAAGUGCGUAAAUACAGUAGUUUUUUUUUUUUAUUUGGAGCAGAUUAAAUAUGCUAAAGUUAAUGAAAAAUAAGAUUAAAUUGCCCUUUUAACUGUUUCCCGAAUCGGAAACCAACUUCAGCCACGUAGAUCACCAGAAGGUUUGAAGAAAUGUUGAAGAGCCGUUUAAAAGAGAACAUUACAAUUAUAUUUAGUUGAUUUAAUCUAAGUAUUUUACACAAUGCACUUUGUUGCUAUUAGCUGUCAGUGUUAUUUAAUGAUCCAGGGAGCGUAACUCUUCUGGAUUAACGAUAACACACAAUCAGAAUCCACCAAAAGCAGAGAUAAUUAAACUCCCGCCACCGGGCUGUGUGAGCAAAGCAAAACUGACGUAACAUCCUCCUUUUACGCCGGGCCAAUGAGCGUCGCACAAGCUGGGUAAUGACCAAUCAGAGAGCGUUGGAGGGAGUUCCAGCUGAUCCGAGAGAAGAUUUGGCGCGACUUUGGAUCCAGUAUGUGGCUGGUUGAGAUAGAGACCGCUUCUCGUCGUGCAAAGCAACAUCUCUGAGACGCGAAAACUUCUUUUAUCCGUUUACAGCAGCGUGCUUUCUAGAACCAAAAAUGCCCAGAACCCGCUCUCAGGGGCAGGCUCAGCCCACACUGCAGUUCCCACGUCGCAAAUCUUGCCAAGCAUCCCUGCGCUCAAAGACACCCCACCACACGAAGGUUACGGCACCUUCUCCAACCAAUCCGGAGCCCUGGCCUCUGACCCCGACUCUGAUUGGGCCGAUUUCUCCAAAGCAGCCCAGUGACAGGGCACCCAUCUGUGCUGCUGGCCAGAGCCCUCUUCACUUUCUGAAGCAGAAAGCUGCCCUCCCAUCUCUCUUGCCCCAAAUAUCUGGAACCCAAGCACCUCCCUCAACUCCACCUUCCUCCCCCAGCCUGCAAACACGACUCCCUCUCAGUCCUCGGAAGCGCACAGGUGAUGACAAUGGCUGCAACGUGCCAUGUUCUCCCCUGAAGCAGAACAGACCAAGUAUGGCCACACCACGGAAACUAGGCUUCGAGGAGAACCUGCCAACAUCAGCUAGUCACAUGCCCAUGCAGCCUUCUUCCUUUCAGCAGCGCUCUCCAGCCAUGAAGUUGUCUCCAAGCAGACAGGAGAUGCCUCCUCAGAGUCCUGUCCUCUGCAACCCAGAGAAGAAGUCGCCUGUUACCCGCCUGUUUGCAGACAAGUCCAGGUUUCAAAGCGUGAAGCAGGCGCUUCACAUCGCCAUUCCAGACCGUCUCCUCUCCAGAGAAGCUGAGCAGGCGUCCAUUCGCUCCUUCCUCAAAGACAAGGUGCUGCAGCACACACCCAGCAGCCUCUACAUCUCAGGGGCCCCAGGGACUGGCAAGACCGCCUGCGUCAACUGCGUGCUCCAGGAGAUGAAGUCUGAGCUAGCAUCAGUAAAGACGGUAGUGGUGAACUGCAUGAGUUUGCGGAGCUCCCAUGCCAUAUUCCCUCUGUUGGCCCAUAAGCUGAAAGCAACUGGGGGACACAGUGGCCUGCAGAAGUUCUUGACGACCCCCGGACCCACAAUACUCCUUAUUCUGGAUGAAAUGGAUCAGCUCGACAGCAAAGCUCAGGAUGUCUUGUACACCAUAUUUGAAUGGCCGUUUUUGACGCAGUCCCGUCUCUGUCUCAUCGGCAUUGCCAAUGCUUUGGACCUGACUGAUCGCAUUCUGCCCAGACUGCAGGCUCAGCCUCACUGUCGCCCCCUGCUGCUGAACUUCCCACCCUACAGCCGACACGAGCUGGCCACCAUCAUUCAGGACAGACUCACCAAGGCCUCAGCUGAGGGGAUGCUGGACACAUCUGCGGUUCAGUUCUGUGCGAGGAAGGUAUCGGCUGUGUCUGGAGACGCCAGAAAAGCUUUAGACAUCUGCAGGAGAGCAGUUGAGGUUGCAGAAGCUGAUGAAAGACAGAAGGCAUCCAGUCCAAGAAGUGAAGCUAAAGUUGUGUCCCAUCUGUCUUCAGCGUCUUUGGUCGGCCUCCCUCAUGUGGCGAAGGUGUUGUCGGAGGUGUACGGCGACCGCAUGGCGUCUCAGAGCAGCAGUUCGGAGGGAGAGAGUUUCCCUCUGCAGCAGAAGCUGUUGGUCUGCUGCCUGCUGCUGCUCAUCCGCAACGGGAAGAAGAAAGAGAUGAACCUGGGGAAGCUUCAUGAGGUCUACAGCCGACUGUGCGCCCAGAGGAAAGUGUCUGGAGUAUGUCAGGGGGAGUGUAUGGCGCUCUGCGCGCUGCUGGAGAGCCGGGGAAUCUUUGCUUUGAAGAAGGCCAAAGAGGCUCGUCUCACUAAGGUGUUCCUGAAGAUUCAAGAGAAGGAGGUAGAGAACGCUCUGAAGGACCGAACACUUCUGGGCAGCAUCCUGGCGGCAGGACUUCCCUCAUGAUGCCUCACCGUCUUCAAGAAUGAUUUUUUAAUUAUGACAUUUACUUGAUUUUUAAUGGGUUUCUUUUUUAGAUAACCGCUCAGUUGUUUUGAGUUGGAUUGAUUGUUACUGGAAGUUUCUGUAUGUUUUUUUGUGCUGUAAAUAAACAGAUUUACAGAUGUUUAA